AUGUAUUCUCUAUGUUUAAUCUUAUUUGCUAUCAUUUCGUAUUGUGAUGUUCAAACAGCUGAACCAAUUGACAUACAUAUUGGUGCAUUAUUCGAUCUGAGAUAUUCAUCCUUACCCAAUGGUCGAGAUGAACUUCGAGCAGCGGAAUUAGCCAUUGAAGAUAUCAAUACUCAAACGAAAGAUCUAUUUCAAGGACGUUACAGACUUCGAUUAUUAUCGAACAAUUCACAAUGUGAUCCCGUUUACGCUGUCGAUGCAUUCUUUCAUGCAAUUUUUCGUCGACAGCAAUUACUUUUUCUUGUUGGAACUGCAUGUUCAAACGAAACAAAAGCUGUUAUUGAAGUAGCUGAUUAUUAUAAUCUAAUUCUUUUUUCACAUUCGACAACAUUCAUUUCUCAAGCAAAUCAAUCAGAUUCGACAUUAGUUCGACUUUCUGUCUCCGAUGAAAAUUUUAAUGAAGCUCGUGUUGCAUUUAUCCGAUCCAACAACUGGUCACACGUUGCAAUUAUCCAUCAAGAUUCCACCGAACAUUCACUUAUGAGUGCACGAUUGGCGAAGCGUUUGAAUGAAUCGAAUAUCACUGUUAUGUCCACACAGAGUGCGUCUCAGACAAAUCUCACAUCGACGUUGCAAACACUCCGAGAAAGAAAAGCUCGAAUUGUUUUCAUCAAUUUUGAUACAUCGUUACGAUCGAAAUUCUUUUGUAAAGUGUAUCGAACAUUUCCGAAACAAUUACGCGAACGUUAUGUUUGGAUUCUAACGGAAAAUGAUCAUCACCUCUGGGACUUGUCCGUUGACAAUUGUACUCAAAAGGAGAUUCUCGAUGCUGCUCGCGGUCAUAUCAUAAUCGCAAGUUCGUAUGAAACAAAACCGAGUUUAAUGAAUCGCACACGGACAGCAGAUGAGUUGCAACGUGGACUUGAUCGAGACGAACAUCUGAACAGACAAACUUUGCAUGCCUAUGAUGCCAUAUGGGUCAUUGCUUUACUAAUUCAUACGUCAAUAGAAGAGAAAGUUCCGAUUGAACAGUUUACAUAUUCAAGCAAACAUAUGAGAGAUCAUUGGUUAACCUUGGUUGAACAGAUCUAUUUUCUCGGAGUAUCUGGACCCGUUUCGUUUCGACACCGUCAACGACGUGCGGAAACUAUUCUUACUCAAUUUCAAAUCGAAUCAAACCGAGAAUCUUUUCGAACGAUUGCAGAAUACUCUCAUCUAGCAGGAUUUAACACCAGUUGCUUGAAUUGCCGAUCAUUGAACUGGCCAGGCGAAUUCCCAGUCGAUAUUGAACGUACAGAAAUUCGACGCGUCGCUUUGAAUUUCGUGGACAUUGUCUUAAUUACACUUGCUUGCUUCUUGGGUCUCCUACUUGCUAUUUUCUUUCUAACAUUUAAUAUCAUCUACCGGCACGAACGUUACAUCAAAUUGUCAAGUCCGAAAUUGAACAAUGUCAUGGUUAUCGGUGCCAUGCACAUUCAAAUAGGUAUCUUUCUAUUUGUUCUGGAUGAGUGGUUCUGGAAACACAAUAUACUUGGACAUAUUUGCAUGUUACGAAUAUUUCUGUUCUUCGGUGGAUUUUCGUUAACAUUUGGUUCCAUGUUCUUGAAAACACUACGUGUCUAUCGAAUUUUUACAUCUCACGAUCGUCCAUUGCUUCAGUCAAAACUUUUGCAAGAUCACCAUCUCCUACUCAUUUGUUUAUACAUUUAUAGCGUCGAUCUAUUGAUCGUCCUCAUCUGGCAACUAUUCGACCCACAUUCCGUUGAAUUCACCUAUGGACAAAUGAGACGCCCAAAUGUGGAUACAGUCGUUUGGGAUCAGAUUUAUUAUUGUACGUCGACAUAUCGUCCAAAAAUCCUUCCAUUCAUCUAUCUUUACAAGUCAUCUUUUCUGGUCGUUGGAGGUUAUCUUGCCGCAAAAACACGGCAAGUUCAUAUAUCAGCUUUGAACGAUUCAAAAUUCAUCGUCUGGAGUAUCUAUACCGUUGUGUUAACAAGCGUUUUUACCGUCACUAUUAUGGUUUCCAUACAAAAUAUCCGCACUUAUGUUGUGCUAUGUUUUGUGGUUAUCAUUAUGAAAAGUUUUAUCAUCUGUCUUGUUUUCGUCCCUAAAGUGUUAACUCUCCGAAGUCGAAAUCGAGAUGAGAUCUUCUCCAAAGAUCUGUGUAUGGGUGAUUCACGUACAAGGCGUUUGGUUGUAGAAAUCAGUUGGUUCGAAGAAUACUGUUAUGCCCAAUUGCAAAAUCGAGAAUUGAAAACAGAACUGAUGCGACUAAAUCAAACAAUAAGUAAUCUUCAACACACACUGGACAGUUCAACUUCACAUGUCACCAUGGCACUUCUUCCGUUUGCUGUUCGUCUAGCAGCAACAUUCUUACAAACAGCUGAUAUACAUGCAUCUGUCUCUCGUACCAACAGCAGAUCGAACACAGAUACCGUACCUCCAGUCAAAGAGCCAUCUGUUGUUCCGCCCAGCACCAGCGAUGAAGAGAAAGAAAAUAGCAUUAUAGAUCCGACAACAUCGUACAACGUUCUCGACGAAUUAGGACAAAACUUAUCAUCAUCAGAAUCUGAACUUGAUCUGUCAGUCGCAUUACUAUCACAACAAACUGCAAGUUCAUUAUCAUUGACCGGCGUAGAUACUCAUCAAGACGUGUCAACCGAUGAAAACGAUACUUUAUCGUUGACACCAACAUGUAGCAUAAGUGAUAAUGAAUCGGUGCUGUAUUCCCGUCUAUCCAAAGAAUUGAAUAUGAAUCACGCUGUGUUGGAUAGUGAUCUAGACAAGCUGGGUCGCUGA